GUUCUGAAGCUAUAGGCACAGGUUAUAUACUCCCUUUCUCCCUCUCCCUCAUUCUCUCCCUAUCUCCCUCUCCUCCCUUAUUCUCUCUUGCUUUUCGCGCCUUGAAUCGGAAGGCAUACAGUAAAAGAAAGUUAUAUAUGCAUGCAGUUAGGAAUGUUGGAAUAACUAUUGAAGAAUACUUUACUACCAUGCCGCAGAGAACCAGCAGCAUCCGGGUGUGGGUGUGGCGGCUGUGGGCAGUGGGUGCAUUACAGGAGACAGUGGAAGCAUGGUUCAAGGCAUGGCUGGUGGGCAAGUUCCGGUCACCAUACAUGUGCAGAGUCUCAGUGACAGAUGGAAAGUGGUGUAUGGUGCCCUCCCUCACCCAGGCUGCAGCCCGCCGUGUUCCUGCCUGGAUGUGUCAGUAUGAUGCAUGGUGUGGUGAGUAUGUCUUCCUUGGGACAACGCCACCUCUUAUCACACGCCUCACUGUGCUUCUUGCUGCCUUACUCAUCUCCCUGCUGGUGGUGUGGGCUCCACGCCUCCUCACCUACAGACCCUCACAUCCACUACUUGUGUGGAUGCGACGCCAAACCACACGCCGUGUACUGUUGCUUGUGGCAGUCAGUGCUGUCCUCCAGCUCACUCUUGACCACUGCCUCCUUGGCCUCCUGCUGCCACCUCGCUUCCUUCUAAGCCGUCCUGUCUCCCUGCUUUCCUUCAUCAUUGCUCAACUCCUUAUAACUAUAGCUCUGGUGAAGCAGGUCAGACAGUCCUCACAACUUCACACCAACCCACACAUCCAGGUCCACCACAUGGCCACAAUACAAGAGGAAAGAGAAGCUUGGGAGGCCACAGCAUCCUGCCCAAGAGCCACAUACCACUUGGCAGACCCAAGUUGAUGGCACUCACCUUCACACCAUAAUAUGUAAGGCCUUCCUUUAACAAAACUUCACUGAGCAGAAGAGUUGAUGAAUCCAAGAUGUUUUAGCCAUAUGCAAUGUGCAGUAGUCUUGCCAUUCACUCAGCAACUGUGGUUUCAUUUGUUUCAAUGCCAAGUGCCACAUAAUGACCAGAUGAUGUGUAAUGGAACACUUCCAGGAACAUGAAACAGACACCUCAACACUCAAUAACCAUACAAUGGAGCCAUAACCAUCAAACAAUAGGUUAUGUAACUUUUUUUUUUAUCUAUUCACAUUUUUCAUACUUACCUUAAACACUCAGCUGACAUUCUGUAGGAGAAUUUUAUUUAUGAUUCUCCUGGUACAGGAGCAAUACUGCUCUACUAACCCAAAUCAAAGAUACAAUACAAAUCCCAGAGCUUACUCAUGACUAACCUGGUAAGGAAGGACAAAUUCAAGUCACUGGGAAAAAAUUAGCAGUAGUAGAUUAGACUGGUAGGAUCUGAAAUGGUAAAAUAUAAACCAAUUAUACUUCAUGACCUACUUUUUAUUGAUUCUACCAAACAAUCCUCAGCUGUAAAGUUUGUCAACUUCAAUAAUUACAUUUUUCUUUACAUAACAUUACAAUUUUCAUUCAAGAGUAUUAGUUAAUGCAACAUGACCUUUAAAGAAUUCUAGCAGAUCUCUGACGACUAACACCAUGUUCUCAAACUCUCAAGCAAAACAUUUAAAGGCACUCAUUACCAUGUUUGCUAUAGAACUUUUCAUGGAUUUUCAUUUCUGAUAACAUUAAAUAGAUAUAUCCUAGUACUGUAUAUAAUUAGGAAACUUUAUUUCUGCUUAAGUCUGCUGACUGAAGUAGUUCUCAAGAUCUGUGUCAAUGUCUGAAUAAUUUUGUUAAAACAAACAAAAAGUCAGUAAACUAUGAUAUAACAUCCUUAAUAAAUGUGAAAUCCUACCUAUUCCACUCUCUAAAAAAUACUUAUAUUAAUUGCAUUGAUAGGUUCUUCUCUAGAGAAAUAUAUUGUAUUAGGUAACUUUUUUACAUGUACAAUUAAGAUCCAAAACUCAAAUCAAGAGGGAAAAAGUGACUGGAAGUAUUCCUGCGUGGCUGUUUUAUCCUAAUUACUUUUCUCAUGUCUUUGCAUUAGCAUUUCAGUAUAGCCCCAUUUAUGCACGAGCUUAUGUGGAAUACUGCACAGAAUUCAAUAAGAAUAAAGGAAGGAAUAAGGUACAGAGUUAAAGCAAUGAACACAACAUAGAAUAUAAAGAUAUUAAAUGUACACUUCUGUGGCUGUUAAGUCCCAAGUGACAAAAUGGACAGACAAUGAAGUGUUAUCACCUUGGAGGGAAUUUAUAUUUUGAUAUCAAAUGUGCUGAGGCUUUGCUGAUUUCUCAUAACUUGUUAGUAUGUAGUAUAAUCACAGUUAAUGCUAGUUGUAUCAGCAUCUUCCUGUAUUUCUUUGUAUCUCAUGGUUUCAUUCAAGUGAAGUAUUCACUGUUUAUGAUUUCAGUAUUAAUGAGUAAAAGCAUGAUACCCAAGAAA